AUGGCGUCAGUCUUCCCUCACUUCUUUGCGCGCAUGGCAUGUUGUGACUCAAAGUGCGUCCACAACGUCCAGCAGACCGUCGUCGCCGAGAAUGCCACGCUAAGUACGACCGACGAUUCGUCUUCCCGCGCGCGCACCACGUUUCUGUCUUUUCUCGCAUCACCGUUUGCUUUGCGAUCCCCCGCUCCAGUGACGACCAAAGUGUCGCACGUCAUUGCGACCUGGGACGACCACCCGCUUGCGGCCCAUCGCCGGACCCUAACCGCGCAACAUCACCAACACCCACCCCCACAAUGCGACGACGACGUUGAAGUUGAAGUAGCUGGAGACGGCGCGACGUGCGACACGCGCGAAGAUCGAGACGCGUUACGCGCCGUUUCGGACGUCACUCGCGCGUCGUUUGCCUACGAAGUGCAGAUAUGGGUACACUCGUCGUGGCCACUCGAGGGGCUGUGGCACGAGGCGAACCAAUUGGUGGCAACACAAGACCCGCUGCUGGUGGUGCGCAACGUACCAGUGCACGAGCACGAGCUGCAGUUUCGCGUGCGGCUGCGGGCGACAGAACGAGAACUGCAGUGGCCCGAGCAGCUCAGUGCCUUUUUCUUCCCGUCGUUCAUUGUCUCGUUCGUCGCUUUUUUGUGGCGGGACGUGGCUGUGGACGCGUUCGCGAGCGAAGUCGUGGGCGAGUGGAGUGACGUUGUCACGUUGGCUGCUACGUUGGAUCACGACGCGGCGGACGCGUCCGGCGGCCUGGAAGCUCUCGUGGCAAUGGGCGUGAGCUCUGCUGUUGUGGCCGUCCUCGCGACACUUUGUAUCGGAUCGAGUUGCUGUGUCUUGGCGCAGCUCUACCUCCGACGUCGACGAGCAGUGUUUGGAACGAGACACCGGUGCAAGAGGCAGUCGGCUCGAUGGACGUCGUCGUCGUCGUCGUCUUUCGAGAGCGACGGCAGUGCUGUGCCAGAGACAACUGGUGACGAUACUCCACUUCGAGAAGACGUCGACGCCAGCAGGGAGAAUGACUGCUGCAGUAAGUCGAUGCAGCACUUGGAGCACGAACUGCGCGACUUGCGCCAGGAGUUAGCAGACUCGGAACAUGAGGUGCGACGGCUCAUGCUCUUGAGCGGGUACGGCCUUGAGACACUGACGCUCGACGAGCUGAAGCAGCUCGAGCACGCGCUACAGCACACGCUCAAGCGCAUCCACGAGCGGACAACGCAGCACGUGACGAUGCGGGAAGCAGAGCCAGUGGACGAUUGA